CACCAUCACGGUCUUUCACUCCAUGGGCGACUGAGUCUCGACGCAAGCAAUGAGGCCAAUGCUUCAGCAUGCUUCGCGCUCGCUGUUUGAGUUUACUGGAUCCUUAGCCCGGCCAGCGCCCCGCCGGCCUGCACUCCUCCUCGACUCCGCAAGUUCGCCAGCUUCGGCAUGCCUCCGCUGCCAGUUUCGGGUAUCUGCUCGGCAGAGUAAAAACAAGAGUCAAUUGGCCUUCAACGGAUCACCAAAUCUCACGACGCGCCGGCUACUAUCAACCUCGCGGAGACUCCUGCGGGAACCUCUCCAGUUUUCAAAUACAACUCCCGACGAGCUUUCACCCAAGCCAGAGUCGGCUAUACCUCCACCACCACCGCUUCCACCUCCAAUACCUCCUAAAAGCGAAAACACAGUUGCACAAGUGUCAGACAAAGACCUGCCGUCACACAGAGAAGGGCAGAGAUGGAACCUGUCAAAACGAUUCUCCGAGCUUAUGGAUGAGCUCCUGCCGAAGCUGGCCGUCGUAACGCAAAAGGUCAACAAUUAUACGGGCACGGAUUACUCAGGAAUAGAGGCGCUGCGGCGUGAGAUAAGAGAGCAAGAGGAGCUCGUCAAAUCUCGUCGAUUGUUGGUCGAAGACGCGAAACAAGCCAUGGAGGCUGCACUUGCUCAACAGUCAGCAUCUCAAAAGGAGAUUGUCCGGCUUCUGGAGCGCAAAAACUCGUGGCUAGAUUCGGAGCUGGAACGCUACAUGUCUCUUAUUCGAUCCGAACAUGUCAACGACCAAGCUGUGUCAGCAGCAAAAGACAGCGUAUUGGCGGCAGAGGUAUCACUAGAGGAGGCGCGAUCGCACUUAGAGAAGCGGGAACGAGCGCAGUACCACGAAGAGCAGAUCUGGAGCGACACGAUCCGACGGAACAGCACUUGGGUAACCUUUGGGCUUAUGGGAGUGAAUAUUUUCCUCCUACUCGCAUCCUUGGUCGUGAUUGACCCCUGGAGGAGACGGAGACUGGUGCGCGAGAUUCGAAGAACCCUUGAUGAACAGAAACCCGUUCUGGCGCCGACAGCAGCUCCUGUAGCCUCUGCAGCUCCUGUGGCCUCUACAGCUGUUCAGUCUAUUGAAGACGCAAUCGACUCGGUGGUGGAGCCGGUUGGAGUCACCUUAGAGAGUCUAGGGGAUGCUGACACAUCCAGACAAGAUACACCUGCAUCUACCCCUCCAGCGGUCGAAGCCAUUACCCCACCUCAAGCUGCUGUAGCUGCAGCAGACGACCCGGCUUAUCGCGAGACCCCAGAAACACAAGUUGUCCAUGUGGUCCAGACUCGUGCAGAAGAUCCGACACCCACCCCGCAACCGGAAACUGGGGAGACGCCGGUGCUAGCACUAACUCAACCACAUGCAUGGCAGCAGCGAUUGACUGAUCUCGUUCAGCAAUAUCGAGAGUAUUUCCUCGAUCUGUUCAGCGAGAGGCCAAUAUCCGUGCGGAAAGUCGAUCUGACCUCUGCAACGUUGGAAGGCGCCGCUGCUGGCGCCGUUCUCAUGAGUCUCUUACUGCUCCUGGUUAGACCCAGGUAGACUCUGUGUACCGUAAAAUGCUGUGUAUACCUAAUCUGUACAAUACCCUGUUAGACUAGACACACAAGUCAAUCCAUGAUCGCUUCGAAUACGAAUUGAUCUAGAUCUCUCGAAUCCAUUAAGCUAUAUUUGCUUUCACGCAGA